AUCAGUCAUGGCGAGCCUCUCACUUAAGCGCGGCAGCUAACCACUCUUCUGAGGCCAAAGUAUGUUCGAAUGACAUACCCCGCAACAAGAAAGAGGCAGACGGAUGAACUUCAUGCCGGGCGUUGAGUAGACGGAAGAGGUCGCUGUGAUCAGGAUCGCUCAGGCGCCGGCCCACCGACGCCACUCAGUUUGUUUACGGCUGUUUGCCUCGUGCUCAAACUCGCUCGAUCCUCGUUGUCGACACCGACGACCACCACAGACCACCGAAAAAUACAUCGCCCACCAUGCCUCCUCCAAAAUCCAAGGGCGGCAAGAUGCUCAGCCUGAUCAACUGGCGGCUGAAAGUCACGAUCAACGACGGCCGCGCGUUCGUCGGGCAGAUGCUCGCGUUCGACAGGCACAUGAACCUCGUCCUCGCCGAGUGCGAGGAGUUCCGCCGCAUCCGCCCGAAGAAGAAGCCCGGCGAGUCGGAGGCGGGCCCCGUCCAGGAGAUGAAGCGCACGCUCGGUCUCGUCAUUUUGCGCGGCGAGACGGUGGUCAGUCUGUCGGUGGAGGGACCGCCGCCUGUCGUGGAUGACGACAAGAAGAACGCCCUACCGUUCGGUCCUGGACGGGGUAUGCCUGCAGGCCGUGGGAUGGGUAUGAUGCCGCCGAUGGGUGGGCCAGCACUACAACGUCCUCCCAUGCCCUUCGGUGCACCGCCGGGCAUGCCCCCCUUCGCUCCUCCUCCCGGUUUCUCCGGCCCUCCCCCAGGCUUCCAACCUCCGCAGUAAAAGCCCCCAGCACAAGGCUGUGUAUCAUAUUUGUUCUUUUGCUCUUACAUCACUGACACCAAGGAAGAGUGUAUUACCGUGCCGAGGAAGGCCUGGCGGACUGUGCAGGGUGGAAGGCGAAAAUGAGAUUGGCG